AUGAGCUGUGGUGGUGGUCACGAAGUGGACGAUGAGGCGUGCUGCAGCGCACGGGGAUUGCGCACGCCAGGAGACACAACCGAUUGUUCAGAGAGCGGUCUUUCCUUCCAUUCGGUGUCUGGCGAUGACUCGGCCACCGAGGCUCAAGGCUACGAGGCUGACUUUGAGCCGCCCCUUGAGAGCAAGUACGAGUGCCCCAUCUGCCUGAUGGCACUGAGGGAGCCCGUGCAGACUCCCUGCGGACACCGCUUCUGCAGAGCAUGCAUCCUGCACUCCAUGAGGGACGCCGGUCCCAAGUGCCCCGUGGAUAACGCCGUGCUCCAUGAGGGACAACUCUUCCCCGAUAACUUUGCCAAGCGCGAGAUCCUGUCGCUCACCGUGCGAUGUCCCAACAAGCCGUGUGGUCACCGCGGCGAGCUGCGUGCCCUACAGGAACACCAGUUGCGUUGUGAGUACGCGCAGGUGCCGUGUGUGCGCUGUGAGAUGCCUGUGUGCCGGCGGGACCUGGCAAAGCACGAGGAGCAGGAGUGCAUGAGACGCAUCGUCACUUGUCUCCACUGCUGUGAGAAGAUGGCAUACCAGGACUCAAAGAACCAUGAACAGAUGUGUCCACUCGUCGUGGUGAAUUGCAAACACUGCCAACAGGAGCUGAUCCGGGAACAGCUGGGGCCGCAUCUGGAGGUCGACUGUCAGCAAGCCCAGGUGCCCUGCACCUUCAGCCCGCUCGGCUGUGAGGCUCAGAUGGUGCGGUCGCUGCUGGCCGCUCACAUGCAUGAGCACACCCAGGUGCACAUGCGUCUCCUGGCCAACGGCCUCAAGAUCCUGCGUAUCCAGGUUGGCCAGGGUGCCCAACCGUCCUCGGCGGCCGGGUCCUCUGCUCCGCCUAACAGCCUCUCUUGGCUCAGCAGCACGAGCGGCGGGGACGUCCAGACUGCCGGCGCCAGUCGGAGCCAGGGUUCGCGCGACCGCGCCGCGUGCGACUGCGCUCAGGAGCUGGACCGGCUGCGCGAAAUCACGCGGACGUUAGAGGAGCGCGUCAUCCUGCAGCUGCACCAGAUCCGGGAGCUGAGCGCCAAGACGGACAACCAGCAGGGCUUGCUUGCCGAGGCCACGCGCCUCGUGCGCUCGCUGGAGGCUCGCGUGGCCGAGUCCGAGUCGCGCCUGUGCGCGGGCAUCUUCACGUGGCGCGUGGAGAGGUUCUCACGACUCCUCCGGAUGCACCCAGACGCUCCGGCUGUCAUGCACAGCUCGGGAUUCUACACAGGAGUCCCCGGCUACCGCCUGUGCCUUCGCCUGCAGGUGCUGAGCGGCCGCGAGGGUCCGGCGGGCGCGGCUUCUCCCGGCGUGCUGCUCGCCGGGCGCCAACCUCAUCUGGCCUUGUUUGUUCACCUGCUGCAAGGCGACUAUGACCACCGCCUGCCAUGGCCCUUCAACGGUCGCAUCCGCAUCUCGGUGGUGGACCAGUGUGAGCGCGACAGCGUGCACGUGACAGAAAUGAUGGAUGCCGAUCCGCAGCUGAGUGCCUUCCAGCGCCCCUCCGUGCACCGCAACCAAGGUUUUGGCUACAUGAAUUUCAUGGAUAUCAAGACCCUGCACCACCGCUCUUACCUGCGCGAUGACUGCCUAGUGGUGCGCUGUGAGGUGGUGACGACGCUGGGUCCGGGAGGGUUGCAGCAGCAAGGCCUACUGCUCGAGGACCCCCCACGGCCCCCAAAUCAGCCCGAGAAUGUUCCACAUUCCAUGGAUGAGCAGAGUGGAGAGUUUAACACAACCAGGAUAUAUUCGUUUGUUAACAUACCCAUGUGCCUACAGCCUGUGAGAGCAGCCUUUAUAAUCAAAACCAUGUCUUCCCUGCUUUUUUUUAUACCCAUCUUCUCGAUUGAAGUUGUGUCUUCUGCAUAUGUGGAUGGCUUCAUGAACGAAUCUUUGUUGAUAGCCAGUGGGUUUGCAAAGUACCUUCGUCUUAGAGAAAUCAAUUUCGUGUGA